GCAAAGCAUGCAGGCGGUCGAUGCGGGACAGCCAGGUGGAAUGUCGGGCCGAACAAAGUUAUGGGCGUCGUUUCUGGGCUUUUGGAUGGUGGCAGGGCUGUGUCGCAUGUGGUACAUGGCAGGAUUCUUUGACGUGCAAGACACUGCCGCGUCUGCAGUGCACAAAGAGUUGCGUGUGGCCUCCGACACGAUGACGUUCAUCGUGUACAGCUCGAUGUGGGAGGAAGGAAACUACCCCGCGCGAAUGGAAGCGAUCGAAAACACGUGGGCGUCGCAUCUGUCGCAUUGGUUUGCCGUCCAGACCAAGAACCCUGCAUAUCACAUCGCACCAUCGAAGCGAUCGAAAAUGACGCUGCUCGUGCCUCCAGCGAGAGAGAUGGAGACCCCGAUUCAGUACGCGCUUGAAGCAGUGUACAACGACCAACACCAGUACAACUGGAUUUACCUCGCCGCGGAUUCGUCGUACGUCCUCCCGUCCAACUUGGUGCAUCUGGUCCAAGGGCUCAACCCGAACGAGCCGCAUUACUUGGGCCAUCCGUUGCAGCUUCCGACGUCAGGUCAUUACUCCUGGGCAAAGCUCGACCAUCUGAUCUUCAACUCGAUGGCUGGCAUUCUGCUCAGCCGCGCCGCCGUCGACUUGUACUUGGAAGGGAUACGUCUUGGGUGCAAGACUCGGUGUGAAGGGUGCGGCGAGGACCUCACGAUUGCAUUCUGUCUUCGCGAACAAGGCGUCGUCGCUGUCGACACCCGCGACCCGACCCACCAUCGCCAGACGUUCCACAUCUUCCAGCCAGGCAGCCUCGUCGGCAACCAACGGGUCAAUGGGACGUUCGACUACACCCCCGAGAACUGCGAGUGGUUUCAACUGUACUCGUUGUGGCCCAUCCAGAUGAACUUGGAUUGUUGCAGCACGUACUCGACCAUGUUUCAGUACACAAACGCCGACGAAAUCUACGCCAUUCACAGCAUGUUGUUCGACAUCAAGCCGUACGUGCCAACAACGUCCGAUGUGGCGGACAGCCAGCUCGUCGACUUGAUCCUGGAGCACGGGAAGGACCUCGACCAGAUCUUUCCGUCGUACGUCCACCCAGCGUAUUGGAAAGUUCGCAAGCUCCUCCUGCAACAAGUCCAACUUUUUCGCAUGGGCCAGCGGUUGGACGAACGAGACGGCGCGACCGUGGUCCAGGUGCGCCCGAUCAGCGACGAAGCCAAAGCGGCCGCGGGAACUUUGGGCGGCGUCGUCAAGCACAAAGCAGGGGAGAACACUGAGGCAGCUACCACUACGAUCGUCGCCAUUUGAGUGCUAUCCCCUGCAGCUCGUGUCUGUCCGUUGUAGAGAUAAUCGCAGACACCCUCCAUCAUCGAGUUCUCCCUCGAACAAUUUGUU